CUGCCCACCUGGCCCUAUGGGAAGAUGUUUUGCACAAUGAGCAGCUCAUUCCAGAGGUAGCUGCAAUCGCUGUGGAUGCAGCAUUGCUUGAAGGAGUUCUGAUGAGGACCAAAGAGGAUUCCAAUUCAUCUGACGACAAGCUCUUGGGAGGGAGAUGGUUGCAGGUGAUGAGGCUUGUUUAUUGAGUCAUCAUGAAAUGUGCAAUAUUUUGCAGUAACUGCACAGCUCCACAGGAGACUAACCAGAGUUGAGACAAUAGCAGAGUAAGCUUCCACCACACUCCAUAAUACCAGCUGUGGUCAGACUCAGAUAUUCUGCUGAGAGAUCUACCUGCAUUAUGAAAAUCUGUUUUAUUUGUCCAUGAGAAAACAUGAGGUUUGGAUGUGGUGGCUUAACAGUGGAUGUCAGUGCUGUGUGUUCACUCUCCCCAGGGGCAGUCCUGGUGUGAUGGAUGUGCUCCCAAUAUCUGAGCAGAGCUCAUCUCUGGUGGUGAAUUAUGCUCCCUUUACAUUGCUCCCAUCUGUAGUACCAAGCACCAUCUUUGAACAAGCCUAUGCUGUUCAGCAAGAUUUUAACCUACUUGUGGAUGCUAUUAGCCAGAACGCGGAAUUCCUGGAACGCACUCUUGCUAGCACCAUCAAAGUGGAUAACUUCACAGCUCAUCUCUUUAAAAUCUACAAGCAAGUUCUGAAAGAAGGGUUGGCUCAGUCAGUGUUCUUAGGAAUAAAUCGCUCAGAUUAUAUGGUUGACCAUGGUGCAGAUGGCACUCCAGCACUGAAGCAAAUCGAAAUAAACACCAUUGCUGCCAGCUUCGGAGGCCUUACUUCGAGAACCACUGCUGUGCAUCGGCACAUAUUGAAUGUUUUGGGUAAGUCCAAGGAAGCUUCGAAGUUACUGGACAAUAAUCCAUGCCAAGGGAUUGCCUUGGGCAUUGCGAAAGCUUGGGAACUCUAUGGCUCAGCCAGGGCUGUGGUGGUGUUCCUGGUUGCAGACACCGAAAGGAAUAUUUUUGACCAACGCUGCAUAGAAAAUGAGCUGUGGACCAGGAAUAUCCGGGUGAUCCGGAGACGGUUUGAAGAUGUGUUUGAAAAGGCAUCGUUAGAUAAUGACAGGAGACUGUACAUGGAAGGCCAAGAGGUUGCGGUGGUGUAUUACAGAGAAGGUUACAUGCCAGAGAACUAUAACAAACAGAACUGGGAGGCACGGUUGUUGAUUGAAAGGUCCAAAGCAGUUAAGUGUCCUGACAUUGCUACCCAACUUGCUGGGACCAAAAAAGUUCAGCAGGAAUUGAGCCAGCCAGGAGUAAUGGAGAAAUUACUGCCCAGCCGGGCUGAGGCGGUUGCUCGGAUAAGAGCGACAUUUACUGGCCUCUAUUCCCUGGAUAUGGGCGAAGAGGGUGCUAAGAUGGUUGCAAUGGCCAUUGCUGAUCCGGAACGAUAUGUGCUAAAGCCUCAGCGGGAAGGCGGAGGGAACAAUCUCUAUGGGAAAGAGCUCAAGCAACUUCUGGAGAAGAUUAAAGACAGCCCUGAGAGGUCCUCCUAUAUCCUAAUGGAUAAGAUCACACCUCAGACAUCAAUGAAUUACUUGCUCAGGGCUCACAGUCCCCUGAAAAUAUCAGAAUGUAUCUCCGAGUUGGGGUUUUUUGGUGUCUACAUCAGGCAGGGGAAGGACAUUGUGGUGAAUAAGCACGUCGGUCACCUCUUGCGAACCAAGGCAGUUGAGCAUGCAGAUGGCGGGGUGGCAGCUGGGGUGGCUGUGCUGGAUACUCCCUAUGUGAUAUGAAGAGGAUACCUCCCACAUCUGUUGCCCUAACUGCUGCCAGAAGAGCUGUGAUUUCCUUUAGGGUUUGAUAACUUCAGUGUUUUGAUAAAUUUCUGUAAACAGGACCACAGGGACAUUCCCCCUCCUAGCACAGUGAUCACGGGGAGGGCACGUGCAAUCACACUUGUACCAAAUACUUUUGUGCUACUCCCCCGCCCCCCUAAGUCUUUCCUUUUUAAUUCUUCCCUCAGAAAGUCUUGGGUUCUCAUCUGAUCUUUUUGCCUUAUUGAUAACUUCACACAAGCUAAUCCACAGACCCAUCACCACCUCUGCUCCAGGCAGCCAGAUGUGAAUGUAACACUCUGAAUUGUCCUGAAUGCAGCUGCUUUCUCAGGAAUGAGGCCAACCUAUUGUUCAGAACUCCUUGUAACUAGGAGUUGGGAUUUCCAUAUGUACCCUGUUCAAGACACUACAGCUGCCCAGUCUCUCCUUAAGUGCCUGAUCCCAGAGGGUUAAAUGUGCCUUCCACGUUUUCUGCUUCUCAUUUAGUUGCUACCUAUGAGGGCAUUUGCUUUCUGGGCCAAAGGAAAGGAAGAUGGAGAACAGAAAUGAGGGUUGAUGGAUUUAGUUAAGGGCUUCCUACCCUAAUGCUGCUAGCCUCUGUAGUAGAGAGAGAGCCUGGAGCGAGGCCUGAACCAAAGUCAGCAAAAAAAAAAAGCUAUGAGCAAAAGUCAGACUAUCAAAAAGCAGCUGCUUGCUUACAGGUUCACUGUCUGGUACAUGCAUGAGGCAUACGCAUAGCUAGCAUUGCUAAAGCCCAGGCAUUCCGAAGAAGUUUUAGGUACAGGGUAUUAAUGUAAGCACAUUCCAGAAGGCUGGUCCAGGUACACCACAACAGAGUUAUGGAACAAACACAGUCCUAGGAGAGUGUACAGAAACACACCAACCCCAAGUAGGACAAAGAUAGAAGGCUAGAAUGAUGGAUGGAGAUGUCUUGUUCAAACCAGCACAAACAAGGUGUAGGGUUGGUAACCAAUCAUGCCAGGAGUGUAAUACGUAACUUGUUUGUAUCAAUGUAUAAAAGGAGAAAUCAUAGGAGGGGGCAACAGAAAAUCCUGCUGCUGACUGAGCUGAGCCCUUGUCAGUGGGCACUCAUGUUAGCUUACAUGUAACCAUGGAGCCAGGGGGCUAAUACUGUGUCUUAAGGGCAAUAAACCUGGCCGAGGGCCUUUGCCACCGAA